AUGGGAGGUUCUCGAAAUAUUUCGCACGGUCGCGGAGGCGCAGGCAACAUCUACUCCGCCGAAACCCGUACCUCGCCCAAAGAUCUCGUCACCCCCACGAUCAAACAGGAGGUUUUUACCACCGGCCGCGGCGGAUCGGGCAACAUGAUGGUCAACGAUCCGCAACAUCCAGAAAUCGCGCGAGAGAUGCAGGACGUAGAGUCGCCGCCUCUCCGCGUGGAAGACGCUCCGCAUCACACCGGACGGGGUGGCGCCGCCAACGCAUUCAUCCCCACCGCCGAGGAGGAAAAGAAGGUUCGCGAGCAAGAGGAGGAACAAUUACGACGCGUUCGCACCGCAUCCCGGGAUCGCCUGAGGGAGGAGACUGAGCGUCGCGACGGCAGUGAAAAACGCGCCGAGUCGUCUUCCAGCUAA